GACGUCUCUUCACCGAUGCCGAGAAAACAGCUAAUAACAGCGUCCAGACGCGAUCGAUAUCACAGAAAGUUUGAGGAAAAAGGAUCGUCCCUCUCAUCUGAUGAACCACGACGAGGCAGGAGUGUUUCUGUUCCUUCCAGACUUUUGUUCUUCGUAGUUUCGUGAGAAUGCAGGAGUCGGGGCUCAGCGUGGGUUUCUUCACUAAGUCCUGCGUCGCGCUCGCGUGCCUCUGCGGGGUUCACCUCAUCGUCGCGCUGUUUUUUUAUUUGAAAGAGUCGCCCGCAAAAUUCACCAGUUACCGCAAAAUUCAAAUAAACUCUGAUAUAUUCACUUCUCAAGCUCAUAGGACAGCAGCACUCGUCCAGUAUGACAACGGGACGGAGGUAAUUAAACUAAUUUAUUCUAAUGGAUCUGUCAUUAAAGAUGACGUACAAGAUCCCGCGGGACUGGAACACUGUCCCGAGACGUCACCGCUUUUGGUGGGUCGAUUGCGAGUUGAAUUUUCAGAGCCUGUAAAUUUGGAUAUGGUGCGUAAAGACAGUCCACGGCUGGUGAUGGGCGGCAGGUAUAAACCCAGCGAUUGCGUGGCUCUGCAAAAAGUGGCAAUAAUCAUCCCGUUCAGAAACAGAGGUGAACACCUGAAGUACUGGCUUUACUACCUUCACCCCAUCCUACGGAGACAACAGCUUGAUUAUGGGAUUUAUGUCAUCCAACAGGACGGAGAGGGGACAUUCAACAGGGCCAAACUGCUCAAUGUGGGUUACGUAGAGGCGCUAAAGGAGUAUGAUUAUGACUGCUUCGUCUUUAGUGACGUAGACAUCAUCCCCAUGGACGACCGCAACACCUACAAGUGCUCCAGCCAGCCGCGCCACCUCUCUGUGUCCAUGGACAAAUUUGGUUUUAAGUUACCAUAUAAACAGUAUUUCGGGGGUGUAUCGGCAAUGAGUAAAGCACAAUUUCAAAAGAUAAAUGGUUUUCCCAAUAACUACUGGGGCUGGGGAGGAGAAGAUGAUGACAUAUUUAACAGGCUGGUAUUUCAAGGCAUGAAAAUAUCAAGGCCGAGUGGAGACAUCGGUAAAUGCAGAAUGAUUCGUCACUCAAGAGACAAGAAAAAUGAACCAAACCCACAGAGAUUUAAGAGAAUUGCUCACACGCGACACACGAUGAAGACGGACGGCAUCAAAUCGCUCAGUUACAAAGUGGUAGAUGUAGAUAAAGACCUGCUUUACACCAAAAUCACAGUGGACAUCGGCAAGCCAGGAAACUUCUAGAGCUCACAAGAAACAUUCAGCUCACUGCAACUCAUCAGAGAUCAUUAAACUGCAGAGCUGUCUCUGAACAACAAAGAAAACACUGUUGGAAAAACUCUAAAGUCUAAAUGAAAGACACUCUUCUGAAGGACACAUUAAGUGAAAGAACAGUGUUUUUGAAAGUCGUGUUUUUAAUAUUCCCGAUGGGCAAACUUAGACUUAUCUGGAAGCCUUAUAUCCCUCUUAAUUGUCUGUUUCCGACUUUAAUGAAUAAUAUGUUUGUAAAGCUUCUAUGCAGAGCAGCCAAAGAAGAUCACGCCUCAGGGAAUAACUGACUACUGUGAAUUCCCGCUAACAAAAACCCGCACAGUCAUACAGACAUUUUAUGGGAUGACAAUUCAAUAUGUUCACAUAUUCUGGUAGUAAGUAUGCAUCAGUAGUUCUUUUAGGCUGCCUUUAUAUUAGUGCCCAUGUUACUUUGUUAACUACUUAAGUGCUGAGUUAUACUAAAGGGACAGUUCUCCCAAAAAACUAAAAGAUAUUUUGAAGGAAUGUUGGUCACCAAACAUCUGACGGUGGUAUUAUUUUCAUACCGCAAAUGGCUAAUUUGGUUACCCUACAUUCUUUAAAAUACUUUUUUUUUGUUCAAAAGCAGAAAGAAACUGAAAAAAGAAACAGCUUUGGAACAACUCGAGGGAGAGUAAAUGAACACUAUAUUUAAUACAUUUCAAAUACAAAAAUAUUGUUUUACAAUAUCAUACACCUAACAGACACUCUUGUAUAGAUUUCUUUUUUCAAUAGAACGUAAUUUUGAUUGGUGGAGGUGGAGUGUUGCGUUUCAUUAGGCAGUAGGAUUCACUGAAUAUUGAGUGAAAAUGUUUUUUUUAGAGGGGAAAGCUGUAGCUAAAUAAAUAAACAAAUCAUGAAACAUUUUAGGCAUCUUUGUAAUGAAGUAAUAUUGUGAAAUAUCAUUAAAAUUUCAAAUAUGUAUUUUUUAUUUGAAUAUAUUGGAAAUGUAAUUUAUUGCUGACAUGUCAAAGCUGACAUUUCAGUGUCACCUGACCAUUUCUGAAUAAAACUAUACAUUUUUAUUCACUUUUAUUUACUUUCGAAAUAUAGUGUAAUGCGAUAAACGAGAACAAACUUAAUAUCAGCUAAUAAAUCAACACAAUAAGACUGUUUCGGUUUGCUAGUGGCCCCACAAUGCAAUCAAACAUUCUUAUGAAAUAGAAUAAGCUACUAAUUAACAGUAUUAGUAGCUAGUAGUGUUUGUAAACAUUACCGUGUUUUUCUCAGAGUGCUGAAAAUAUCCUUGUCUCGUGCUGGUCUCUGUUGGAAGCAGGGCAGUCACUGAACUUUCGGCCAGAGAUGGGGCUAUAUUUAAGGAGUAGUUAUGAGUAAAUCUUUUGAGAUAUUGGAUUGCACAAUCCAGAGAGAAGAAAACAAGUAUAACAUCAGAAACAUAAUAAACAACCCCAUGAUUCACCACUUUUUCUUUAAUUUCUCAAAAGAAAAAACUUUUUUUUUUUUAAUUGAGUCUAAAUACUGUAAAUGUUUAGGAUAAAGUAAAGCCAAAAUCUUUGUGAAAAUGUUCUUGUCCUUAAAUAUGGUGAC